CAAUCUCCUCCACACAAACAAAACUUCCGAACCUGAGCUCUGUUCGUCAUCCAACCACACAAAUUCCCUAUAUGGAAUCAUGACGUCCCAGAUUGAUGGCGACAGGCUAUCUCAAAUAACUCAAGCUCUCGAAGCGACUUACGAUGCACGAUCAACCAACGACACACGAAGAGCGGCCCUUGAAUUCCUCGAUGGCGCCAAGAAGCAACCAGACGCGCCCCAGCAUGGCUACACGUUAGCUAGCGAUGCUUCCCAGCAGCCUGCCAUCCGUCACUUCGGUCUAUCCCUGCUUGAGUUCGCCCUUCGCUACAAAUGGGACGAAUACGGUCAAAGCGAGGCCGAAACCCUCCGCAGCUGGAUCCUCAACCUCGCCCAGAACGUAUCCGAAUCCGAUCCUCAAUACUUCCGCAACAAAGUAGCUUCACUGUGGGUUGAAGUUGCCAAAAGAUGCUGGGCCGCAGAUUGGUUGGACAUGGACGCCCUUCUGAUGGCCCUGUGGGACACGUCAGACAACAGCAAGCAGCUGGUAUACAGACAGAUGGUGCUCUAUAUACUCGAGUGUCUGUCCGAAGACAUUUGCAACAGAGAAGACCCCGUCGCUGGUCUGCGUCAAGAAGUACUUGGCCAAUCCUUGAAUGAGAUUUUCAUCCCUAGUCAGUUGUACCAAGACCACCUCGAAUCGCGUGGCAGCUCGCAGAACGUGCGCCAUACCCAAGACGGCUGGCUUGCGAACAUGUGCGCCUUUCUGUUCCAGUGCUCGACUGUCAUUUCCCAAGGCGACCAAAGAGUCGUCACUUCUGCCACAAAGACUCUCGAAGCAAUGAGGCCAACUGUGACAUGGCUCAGCUUGAGAGCUUUGACCGAAUCGCAAUGUGUUCAAUCGCUAUACAAGAUGCUCGCCGCCGGUGAUGCUGCUGUCCAAACGGCCACAAUCGAGGUUCUACAGGCCAUUCUAAGUCGCCCAUACAACUCCCAUUUCCACGAACCGUGGUCCGAAAUCAUGCAUACCGUUUUGCAACCUGACCAUAUUGAGCUUCUGAGAAACAUUCACCUCAGUUGCAACACUUCUGCGGACGACAUUGACGAGCCCAAGUACACAUUGCAGAAGAAACUUUCCGAGGUUCUUUCCAUCUUGGGAGAUGCGGCUGCAUCCAAUCCUGAGAUAUUGGCCACACCUGAGACUUGCACUGCAUUGGUUGACGUGAUGAUGCUCGCUUUCCAACACGACAGUCUCCUCGUCUCCAUCCCAGUCCUGCACAGCUUCACAAAAUUGCUGGUCGCUAAAAACCCGACCAUCUCGAGUGCCAUGGGUCAGAGAGUGGCCGUUUUGUUGGGAACAUGCAGUCAACGUCUCAUCAAGUACGAGUCGCUAUCGCACGAAGAGCUUCCGGUGAUCUUAUACUUGAACGAAGACUUUGAGAAUCCUCCUGAGCUGCAUUCGUUCCUCGGAAACUACCGAAGAUACUGCAUUGCAGUCAUUGAGAGUAUCGCUUUCUACAUGCCACAAGAAGCUGUUGGCCAUAUUCUUGAUCAAACUGUGCAGAUGAUUGACACAAUUUGUCAAGAGUUCAGGCCACCUUUCCCCUCCACUGGACCAGCAAAGACACCAAUCCCCGUGCUGCAACUGGAAUCGCAGGCCUCUGUUCUUAGGAGUACCAUGAAUGGCUUCAUCCAGUGGUACGGCAAAGCUUCACGACCAGAUUCGAAAUCGGACCAGCACACCACGAACAACGUUUAUGGAGUCACCCUCACAAGCCUGCGCGACUUCUGCUACAAGCUGAUGACCAUGAGACCACAACAUCCUGAGAUCGCCCGCCUUACAACGCACAUCGCGGUUAAUGUCCUCGUUAAGACAUUGCAAGGCCAGCCUGAAUUGGUUGUUAAGAUUCUUGACUACUGCUUGAGCUUGCAGUACCCCGAUGAUGGCUCCAACAAAGACUACUCGGCCGCUGUAAAGAACUUUCAAGGAGCACGUUUGGGUGAAAUGCAGCGUAUUGCAAUGUCGUUCCCGGAUUAUCUUUUGGACGUCUACUCCGAUUUGGAAGCGCGGGUCAAUACUCUAAUGUCCGCCGAAGGUUCCGACGAACGCACCAAGUGGGGCCUCCAAUCCUUCCUAUUCAUCAUUGUGCACCGAGCAUCUGCAGUAGACUCACAGGCUCGACUCGCUCGUCUCGAACAGAUCAUUCAGCCUGUUGUUGAGACAUGGCAGGAUCCUCAGUUGACCGAAGCAUUAUCGACAUUUUCUGGCUUCUGCAAUGUUGUCGGACUUGGUGGUCUACCAGAGUACCUUACCGCACAGAGAUACGCCUCGGUCCAAGAUUGGUCCAAUCAACCCCUGGAUCAGGAAGGUAAGGCACGCCAGACAGAUGUACAGAUGAAGGUUAUGCGCCUACCCCUCAACGCGACCAAGAAUCUCCUUGCGGCUACCACAGAGAAGCUGAAAGAGUCGUCUCGCGAGUAUCAGAUCGGCAGCCAGGUUUGGGGUCAAGCAAUGCAAGCCAUGCUCUCCAAUGUCCUUCAGAUGACAAGACAUGCCACGUCCUUCCCUAACCGCGAGAACUGGUCAAACUUCCCCCCUGAAUUGCAGAUGGUGAUGCAAAAGAUGCUGGUCGACAGAUUCUGGCAGGCCGGAAUUUCGAACGAAAGCAGAGAUGAGUUUUACGCUCGCAUUGCCGAGAGUGGAGACACUUAUGAAGGCUUUGCAUCCGCCAUCCGCGGUAUCCCUCGUCAAAUCCGUGAUUGGUGCUAUCAUAUCAUUUACGGCAUGACAAGAUUCGAGGAAGAGUUUUUCGGCCUCAAGGAGUUGCCCGUACCGCUGGCUGAGGCUUUGCUCACGGACGCUUCAUCUCUGUCAACCCAUCACUUGCAAAGACUCAUUGCACUAGUCGAACGACUUGUCCAGCGAUGUCCACCCCACCACAGAAGACAUUUCAUGCCUCCGAUACUAUCCCUCUUCUUCUCCCAGACAGACAAGAAGAUCAGUGCAGAAUGGGAAGUCAUCGAAAGAUCAAGCACCCAAUCCGUCGAAGGCGAAGAUCAACUCAGCGACGAAAUGAAAGCCGAAAGCGUACUAAGAGCCACCACCUACGCCGUCGUCUCCUUCGCCUCCACCCUCCUCGAUCAACGACCCACCGACGCCACACCCUCCACCCACCCCCAAGCCGCCCUCCUAAUGCGCACACUCAUCCUCUCCGAACCCUCUGUCCUCGAACCUCUAAUCCUUUUCUGCACCCACGCCCUCCGCAUGCGCGAUUCUCGCUGCUGCACACUCAUCUGCCGCAUCCUCCGCUCCAUCCUCCCUUCCUUCACCGCAGACGAACCCCCAGCCCCUCAGGUCCGCGAAUUCAUCAGUACGGAAGUGCUCAAAGCUUGCAUAACCUCCCUCAACGAACCCUACUUCGCAGACAUACAACGCGACCUCGCAAACCUGAUCGCCAAUAUCCUAGCCCUGUACUCCCCUCUCACCCCCACCGCCCGCGACAUCUUGCUUUCUUUGCCAGACAUGAGUUCCCAAAAAGUGGAUUCUGCGAUCGAAAGAAUCGUGGCUAGUGCCAGUGAGCGCACGCAAAGGGUGUUGGUGUUGGAACUGCUGGAGGGGGUUAGAGGUGUGAGUAUUCAUGAAAUGGGAAAGAUUGAUAGGAGGGAUGGGAAGGGUAAGAAGUCGGCGUUGAUGAUGCAGUAUAUGCAGGUUGAGGAGAAGAGUGGAGGGGGCAAGAGGGAGCAGAGUCCACAGUUGGAGGGGAUGGCUGAGAUGUUUGGGGGAGAUUGAUAGGGGAAAGAAUAAAGUGGGAGAUUGACGAGUGGGGGGGGAUGAUGGUUGGAGAAGAGGGGAGACGAUAUUUCUCACAAAUGGAAGAAGACAAGCAAAUGGCCUUGAUGUCUGAUCGUCGAGUGAUACGAUUGAAAGAAUGAUAAUUGCCUUCAGGGGUGCAUCUCAAGUCCAAAUCUGGAAAUCUUUGCCAGCCAGAAGGAGCAUUGAUUUUCUCAUCACUCAUGUGUUGAAUAACAGAGAUCAUUGAGAAUUCUUCGUUGCAUUACAUGUGUCCUCUCUGAGACCCACUAUUCUUUGCUAAUUACUCGAGAAAUGAAUUUGCGACCAUUCUGCGAUUCUUCCGCAGAGCUUAU